AUGGAGUUCCGUCCUCUUGCUCUCGUCUUCCCCGUCCUCUGCCUCUCUGUGCUUGGUGCCGCACAUGCCACCACCGCCGGAAACUCCGACGGCACGGAGCGUUGGGGAUACGUGGAAGUGCGGCCGAAGGCUCACCUGUUCUGGUGGUACUACAAGAGCCCCCACAGGGUUUCGACGCCGACCAAGCCAUGGCCGACCGUCCUGUGGCUGCAGGGUGGCCCGGGAGCGUCAGGUGUCGGGCUUGGCAACUUCCUGGAGGUCGGGCCGCUCGACGGCAACCUGAAACCACGCAACUCGACGUGGCUGCACAAGGCCGACCUCAUCUUCGUGGACAACCCCGUGGGGGUCGGGUACAGCUACGUGGAGGACGACAGCCUGCUGGUGACGACCGACCUGGAGGCGGCGGGGGACAUGAUCACGCUCCUCAAGGCGCUCGUCAAGGAAGUGAAAACCUUGGAAAGCAGCCCGCUGUUCCUCGUCGGCGAGUCGUACGGCGGCAAGUACGCCGCCACGCUCGGCGUCUCCAUCGUCAGGGCCGUCCAUGCCGGCGACCUCAAGCUCAUGCUCGGGGGCGUGGCGCUCGGAGAUAGCUGGAUUUCGCCGGAGGAUUUCGCGUCUUCUUACGGGACACUUCUGUUAGAGGUGUCGAGGCUGGACAGCAACGGCGCGGACCACGCAAACAAAGACGCACAGGUGGUGAAGCAGCAGAUUGCGGCGAGGCAGUUCAGGAAAGCACAGAUCACGCUCAGCAAAAUGCUCAACUGGAUCGUCGUCAACAGCGGCCACGUGGACGUGUACAACUUCUUGCUGGACGCUGGGAUGGACCCGGUGGCGGAUGCUUCUGCGGGCUCAACUUCGGCGCCGGAGUACUCCAGGUACCUGGAGAGCAAGUCCGUGGGGGACUCCAUUGUGGGCGCCAUGAAUGGAGCCAUCAAGCAAAAGCUCAAGAUCAUCCCCAAGGACGUAGUAUGGCAGGCACAAUCCUAUGCGGUUUACUACGCGCUGAUCAACGAUUUCAUGAAGCCGAGGAUUGAAGAGGUCGACAAGCUCCUGUCGUAUGGUGUCAAUGUCACGGUGUACAAUGGCCAGCUUGAUGUAAUCUGCUCCACCAUCGGCGCAGAAACGUGGGUGCAGAAACUCAAAUGGGAUGGGCUGAAGAACUUUUUGAGCUUGCCAAGGCAACCUCUGUACUGUGGCUCUGUUGAAGCCACCAAGGGCUUUGUUAGAUCUUACAAGAACCUGCAUUUCUACUGGAUCCUUGGAGCAGGGCACUUUGUGCCUGUUGAUCAGCCUUGCAUUGCACUUGACAUGAUUGCCAAGAUUACACAGUCUCCAGCUCUUGCUCUUUCAUAGAGCAAAACGCAUUUUGCUUCCACCAUGCCAUGUUCACCUGUUGAUCCGGGUGGUGGGGGCAUGGAGUGUGCGACCGAGCAACCAGGAUUUAACCCACGGGAUGUGGCAUCCGGUGUUCUAGACAGCACUGUUUCUAAGAAGAAUGCGCUAUCAGCUUGUUUGUUUUAUUGCCGUAAUUUUGCAUUUUUCUGAAAACGUGUGAUUGCAUCUACUUAUUUGUUUUAUAUACAUUUACUUUUUGAAGAUGAGCAAAAUUCAGCGAGAA